UGCAGUGAUGUGAGGCUAAGCUGCAUAUGAGGCUGAAGAGAAGCUCCCUUUUCUCACACUCAUUUCAUUCGGUUCUUAUGUAAUGUAGAUUUUUUAUAUAACAAUGGCAUGAAAGUAUAUGUCACAGGCGCACCUCGGGCAAUGCAGUGCAGAGCGUUUAUUAGUCACUGAGGCACACACUCAUCCAGACUGAGGCGUGCACAAGCUCCAGCAGAGAUCUGCCUGCCUGCCCUGGUGAUGCUCUCAGCUUCUGACCGAUAACGAUGCAGUUCUGCAGAAAGGUGCUCUGCAAGCCGUGUAGUGCCAGAGUCACUUCACCAGAGGAGGACAUGGAAUACAAGAUGGGGAGCUGCAUUGGAAUCUCACACAGACAGCCAGAAGAAGAACCAGAAAAUGUUGUUCUGUUUCCACCUGAGGAAAGUCAAAAUGACUCCAUACAGGCUGCAGCUGAGAGUUUGACCCAGAGGGACGACAGAGCGCUUCUGACCGAAGCCUCGACCAGCCAGAGUCUGCUGUCUCUACCGUUGCUGCCAGACGUCCCAGUCAUCACCGGAGUGGAGGACAGAAGAAGUGUAGCUGGAGACCAGGACGAGCUGGAGUUUCCUCAUGACCUGCUGCCCAGUCUGGACUUCAGCAGUGAGUUCAACAUCUGGGAGUCCUCACUAGGCAGAGCUCAGACUAGCUCAGAUGAGAGGAGAUGUGAGCAGGUGAACCCCCUGCUGGCGGGCCUGCAGCACCACACGGAAGUCAGUCGACCACUGGUGGUUCUUGAUACAACAAGGCCUCAUGACAGCGACCCAGUUCUCACAGAUGUCCAGCCUUCACCCCGGCCCGUUGCCACACCUUACCCCGGCGUCCGACCCGCAACCCCUCCCCUAUCCGUGCUCCUAGACCGGGAACUCCAAGAGGCCUUCCAGGAAUGUGAAGAACAAAUGGCCUCACUGGGCUUAUUUAAUCCCACAGGGCCCCCCAGCACCACGUCUGAGACGGUUAAUGAUGUCGGGAAGAAGACUGGAGAAGUGAUGGUUAAUAAAUCCAAUGAGUCAUCGUCGCUGCCUCCAAUCGUAGUCCAGCCAGGACUUAGCAACGGGGGCCAUGGAAACAAGAGUACACACGGAAACAGUGAGGCAGCAAACAGUCGGACAGAUACAGUUGUGUUUAGUUUCAGGAAUUACAUACUGGGCACAGGGAAUAGUGCUGUGGCAGCAGAGAUGCAGAGUGAAAUAAAAGCAGCACAGAGCCUGGAUAAAUGUCCAGCGAUUAAGACAGAAAAAGAAACAGAGAUAGAUGAGCAGAAUAAAACACCCACGCUAUUAGAAACAACAGAUUUAAUUAAAGAAACACAAAAAGAUGUUGCGUUUUCUGAGCAGAGAGGCGAUUUUAGAGAGGAACAUGUUAGUUCUAAUGCAGCCAUUGAGGAAAAUGGCACUCUAGCUUGUAAUACAGUGAUUAGGGAGAAAGGCACAGAGGCAAUAACAGUAGACAUAAAGAAAGAGAGUUAUAGUGAUGAGUCCGGUCUUUGUAUAGUUGAAACGGGAGAGAAAGAUGAUUCAGUUACUGAAAUAUCAGAGUGCAGUAAAGAUGCACUAUCACAGACAAAGGCAGGAGCAAACAACCACAGUGAGGAGGAUCAGGAGUCGAAAACAGACAAAAGGAUGAUCUCACCAUGUGACAAAAAGGCAAAGAAGAAAGAAAAAAAGAAGCAAAGGAAAAAGAAAAAGCUAGAAGAGAAGAACCCGGAGACUGAACAGAAAGUAAUAGUGCAACCUGAGAGUGAUUUACAGGCUCUCAUAAACGCAGGAAAUCACACAGAGUCAACAGCAAAUGUAGAAUCAGUGUCACAGACGGACGCUCAGACUGUGAUUUGUGGGAAACAGCCUGAUAACGGUUUUGACUCUAAGCAACAGCUGAGUCCCGAGGGAAAGCCCAGCCCCAUCCCCCCGCCAUUGUCCUCUCAUUGCGGGCAGGAUCAUCUUACUGACUCAGUCUGUUCACCUGCGUCCAACCAGAGGCCGCACCAGUCAGAUAACCACAACCAUACGGACGCCCCAUGUGGCAUGAAUCACAGCUCAAACGAAUGCUCACAGCGGAUGCAAAAUGCAACCGUGGGUGUCAUUGACAACCAAAAUACACCCAUGACACAUGUCCAAGCAACAGCUAUCAAUCCAGCUGAUAAGAGAUCAGAUGCACAAACACAGGAGGCUGUAGUUAUCUCAGAAGCAGCGAUACUCACACACGAGAAUCAGAGCCCACUCUCAAACAGCCAAACUUGUGUGGGAGAGAGCGGUGUGGAGAUUGCCCUUGAAGAGGCUUUAGUGGUGGUUGCUGCGUUGCCACUGGCAACACCCACGAUGCCAGAAGUGAUAGAAAGCACGGGAGAGGGAGGAAGCGUGAGGCGUGAUUCACUGGAGAGAGAAGCUACUGUAGCGAUCGCGGAGAGUGAGAAAGCAGUAGGAGAGAGAGAUUUGGGAGGGAUAGAAAAGUACCUCAGCUCUGCAGACGGAGAGAGAGAAGGACUCCUGGACAGCCUUCCUCAGCUCGCAUUAAUCUGUUCGCAGGGAAAAUGCUCACUUGCAUUCUCGGCCAAAGAGGGACAGGCUGCGUUUGAGGAAAGCUGCAGCAGCAAAAUGCCACACAACUCGGCUGGGACUGAAAUGAAGGGACCGAGAGAGAAAAGCGUUCGCAGUGCAGAGACAUCACCAGCCGAAGAGGGGGACAGAGAAAAUGAGCCACUCCGGUUAGAAGCAUUUAUCAAUUCUUCUCCCUUUGGGAUACUCACUGGUCCUGAUUGCCAGGAUGACAGUGCUGCGGGAUUGGAGGGAGGAGGAGGAGGAGGAGGAGGAGGAGGAGAGGAGGUUGGAGAGAAAGGAGGGCUGGCUAGAGAGCACAGUUCAUCCAGCCAGCCAGAAGGCACUGCUAGUGGGGUGUCAUCAGCCCAGACUGAGACACGUACGCCCAUCAAUGUUGCCGAGUCACAGCUGAAGUCACAGAGCUGGACUGAGCCGAUUGCUACCAUCUCUGAGAGCAUCUGCACUGAACAGGACCGCCUCUCUCACCCUGGACAGGAGCAGCAUGAAGCAGCAAUUUCACCUCUCUCCACUCACCCUGAACAGAGCCUCAGCAAUACAAACAGAGAGGUAAUAAGGGCUGAUAUCAAACAGAAUUCAAUUUCAGAGGAAGCACCGUCUUCGGGAUACACUUGUGAGGAGACAUCCAUCACAGAGACGGAGAGAAACUACAGCCAAGUCUUCCUGUCUUCUUCUCAGCUUCUGACUACUUCAAAACAAAUCCCAGCCGAGCGACAAGCGAGCAACGAUCAACAGGUCCAGCCUGGAAGUAGCACUACAGACACCAGGACAGCCGAAAGUGCAGCUGAAGUUCAAGCCCAGACCCGGAGCAAGAGAGGUGCUAUGUCUGGAGUGGGUGUGCACGUAUGUGACAGCAGUAGAGGCCACAACAGAGUUCACUUUGCGGAUAACGUGAAACAAGACGACAGUUCCUCUGUGGAUCUCAGGAGCAUGUCGGCGUCGGCUAUGGACUGUGCGUCUUUGCCUCCGCUGACUGUACAUGAGAGUUUGCACCAUCCCGUGGUUGAGGCCAGCUACACCUUCCCAGGCAUCCUCGACUUGAAGAAGCCAGAAAUCCUCACAGAUGCAGCUCCUGCCAAGGACGAACCAGCAAUACGGAGCUCAGCCGACUCUCCAAAACCACAGAAAGAUGUCCAGUUGGAUAAAGGAGAUACGGGGACUAAAGACGCCAAGGAGAACAUUAACAUUGAUCAGUCACGUAACAACAAAUUGGAGACAAACACUGUGGAUUUACAGUCAAAACAGCUUCCAUGUCAGACUGGUGACCAUUCACAAACAGCAGAAGCCGCCAUCUCUGAGGCUGAUCAUCCAACAGUUGAACAAGUGUCAGAAAAGGUGACAAAGCAAUUAGAGGCGGAAACAGAGAAGGGUGCUGUAGAUCUGUGUUUGUCGACUGAGAAAGAGGUAGAUAAGUUACACGCUGAGUCCACCGGCUCAGUCAAGACUGGCCAGCCUCAGGAGUCACCUUUAAUAAGUGAUGAAGGUAACCGACAUCUUCUUACUUCAUGUUCUGUGCUUCCAGCUGAUGAUGUCACCUGCACGCCUUUAAGUGAUGUCUCCACUGAGUUACCUGUUGGCCAGCUCCCUACGGACCUUGACCCUAGUUCAAAACCUGAAACUGUGACCUUGACCUCUCUUCAGACAAAGCCUAGUGACCCCAGUGAUCAGCCUCCCACUCAAUUAGAUCAAACACCUCCUCAUGGACUAGUUACCACAGAACCCACAAAGCCCACAGAUCCCUCUGCUGAUCUGACAAAGGAUGAAUCAGCGACUUCUGAUCAGUCAAUUCCUGCUAUCGAGCAAUGUGCGAGUAAUUCUUCUUGGGCUCUGCGUCCUCCUGGCCCAAUGUUGAGUCACUUGGAGUUCAUUACUGACUGUGAUAUCUCUCUUCCUGAGCUGACAGAUAAAGGCGGCGCUGAUGGUGACAGCACCAACGUCUCUGGAGAAGUGGAUGACAACGAGAGCAGGGAAAUGACACAAAUGUCUUCAGCUCAGGAUGACAGCGUUAAAGUAGAUGACACUUGUCCAAAACUGGAGGAUAGAAGUGAUGCUACGGAGCCUGUCCUUGAACUUAACCAUGGAUAUAUUCCACUUUCACAAGAGGAAAAUCUGUCUCCUUCUCAGCCUCCUGGUGCAGCGGAUGUACUGGCAAAGGAUGGGCCUGAUAAUGUAAUUUCUCCAUCUUACACUGAGCCAGGUCCUAUUGCCGUUAAACCUGCUAUGUGUGAAGCAUCCAUUAAGGAUGACCUCAUUAAUAUCAGCUGCCAACGCAGCUCUGACCAGCCUACCAAUGAGGCUUAUGAUGAAAUGAAACAAGACGAAAAAAUGGGACAUGAGACCUCCGAGGAAAAGAAAAAAGUUGAAGAAGCAACAAUGGAUAAUCAAAAGGAAACAGCAGACAAGCUGCAGACAGGAAAGACAGGCACAACACCACAACAGAGUAAUGGGCCAGAUAAAAAGGAGGAAAUUGGAGACCUGCAGCCACCACAUAAACAUAAAGUACAAAAGACUGAAUCGCCAAUAACGGAUAUAAAUGAGGAAGGAGAAAGGAAGAGUGGCACUAAAAGCCAGACUUCUUCCUUAUCUCACGAAAGACCUGCGGGGUCAUCUGAGGACAAGCUCAGUGCUGAGUCUGUUAGUGAACCUCACACUGUUUAUGACCAGAGUUUGUGCCAAACUCCGACAGCAACACUGGAACGCAGCUCUGACACAGACACAGCACCAGAUUUGAGUGCAGCUCCUGGCCAAUCACUGUCCACACCAGAGCCAAACUGUUUUGCUCAGCAACAGGAGCAGCGUCUGGGAUCCAGACAUCCCACAGAGGUAUUGUCAGGUGGCUGUCUAGAGGGGGGAGAAAAGACUAACAGUCAGACCCCAGCACUAGAACCAGCGGUGAAAGGGGUCGCAGAGGGAGGAGACGGCUCUUUUGGGAGUUUGUGUCAGUCAGGAUACAGGGAUGAGUUGACAGGCGAUGACAGCAGUGGCAAUGAACGAGCGAUAGGUUCAGAGAAAGGGAAAGAAGAGGGAGCACAAGCUGCGGCAGCGGUUGACAGGGUUUAUGUGCCGUCUCACCUUGCCAGUGAUUUGAACGAGAGUGGAAGGGCUGCUGAGAGAAAUGUCUCGGCUGACAUAGCGAGAGUAACAGCUUGCUCUCAUGUAGGUGAGACAAGACAGGGGACAGAUGAGACUAAAAGCCCCACGUUAGUGGUGGUUGGGUCAGAUACAGAUUUAAUGCCAGACACUGAGUUUAAAGGUCACCAAAAAGGCAAUCUAUCAGCUGCCCGUCAGGACCAACAUGGAAAACCCGAGACCUCUGAGAACAAAGCUCUAUCUGUUGAGUUUGCAUCGCAGGAGCACGAGACUUCACCUUUCCAAAUCUCUGUCUCAUCAAAGGACAGCACAGAUAGUCAUGGUAUUCAUACAGCGGUUAUUCCAAGUGCCAACCAGGCUGAAGAAAUUCAUUCAAAAAUAUUCAGCACUCUGGUUGGGCAACCAGAAGCUGUGGAAAAGGAUUUCAGUGCUGCCUCGGCCGUGAAGAGCAACAGUAGUGAAACCGGGGAGUGUGAAAUUCAGGGUACAGUGUGCGAGCCUCUGGAGCUACAAAGCUACAAUAAAACCUCAGCCGCACAAAGCAGCCCAGUAGAACAAACAGCCAUAAAAGGCCCGGGUGUAAAGGAGAUCAUAGAGGAAGAUAAAGCAGCUUGGGAUGAAGAGAAAGCUAGCAGCCAGGGGAAGGGACAAAGUGAGAUAAAAGCGAUGAAAAAACAGGAGGUCAUAAAUCAAACUGGGAGUGCUAAAGAUGGUGGCACAAUUGGUCUUUCUAAUGCGACAGAAAAUGACAUUUGCAACUGUGAAGGAAGAUCACUUGAAAGAGAACAAGUGUCUGUGAACACAGAGGCUGCCGAUGUGUCAGAGGGUCCCGCUCCUGGACUAACAGCCACAGAACCAGACACAAACUGGAUACAAGCUCUAAAAGAAGCUGCAUCCUACUCUCAGAGUAAACAAGAGACCUCCAGACCCCUCCCAUCCCUGGAUUCUCCUGAACUAGAGUUUCUUACUCCGACUGAGGAGAUAGCUGCUCCUCUGACACAGGAGGAGAUCCCACCACCGGAGCAAGCAGCAGAGAAGACAACAGAGAUCACACCUCUGAAUCUUCCCUUGAAGAAGCCGGUGGAUCUUCCUGAACCUUUAAAGAAGACAGCAGACCUCCUAGAACCAACACAGAGCAAAAAGAUAGAGCUCCCAGAAGAAGCAAAGAAAGUGCAGCUCUCAGAACCAACGAAGAAAGAAGAAGAGCCUCCAGAAGAGCUCGCAGAACCAACCAAGCCGACAAUAGAGCUCCUACAACCAACACAGCAGACGGCAGAGCUCCCAGAACCAACCGAGCUGACAGUAGAGCUCCUACAACCAACGCAGCAGACGGCAGAGCUCCCAGAACCAACCAAGCCGACAAUAGAGCUCCUACAACCAACACAGCAGACGGCAGAGCUCCCAGAACCAACCGAGCUGACAGUAGAGCUCCUACAACCAACGCAGCAGACGGCAGAGCUCCCAGAACCAACCGAGCUGACGGUAGAUCUCCCAAAACCAACACAGAGCACAAAUGUAGAGCUCCCAGAAGAAGCAAAGAAAGUAGAGCUCUCACAACCAACCGAGAAAGAAGAGCCUCCAGAAAAGCUCCCAGAACCAAAAGGCGAGCCAGUAACUUCUUCAGAGAUAGUGAAGCAGCUAGCUGAGCUCCUAGAACCAAUAAAAACCACAGAAGAGCUCCCAGAACCAACAAAAAAUGAAGAACCAGAGCCAACAAAGACAGCAACAGAGCUCCCAGAACCAGAGCUGAUCAGUGAGCUGCCAGAGGAGCCAGUGGAAAAACCUGUAGAGAUCCCACCUGAGGAGCCGUUUAAAGUGCCAGCUGAGGAAACUGCAGUGGCAGAAACAGUCCAGGAACCUGCUGAGGACUUACAGGAGAGCGGGUCCUCCCUCGCUGAGCAGGCAGAGAGAGGUGACCGUGCCCCUGCAUCUCCCACACCUCCCACCUCUGAACACCAUUUCCUGCCUGCCCUCCCUCCUCACCUCCAAGACACCACAGAAUUCCCCACUCCUCCUCCCACACCCCCGGAGAGGCACACUCCUGAAGCUCUACCAACCCCACCUGCAUCUCCCUGCUUUCCUCCUCCUCCACCUUCACCUCCAGCCCCUACCUCCCUUCCUGCACCUCCUGAGGACCAGUGCCCCGCUUCUGCACCCUGCCACCCUCCUUUAAGGAGUUCAGACUCUGAUGGAGCGUUUGAGACCCCUGAAGCCACAACUCCAGUGAAGGCUGUUUCUCCUGUAGAUCCCCCAACUCAGCAACAAACAUCCAAUGACCAAGUAGCAGACACCUCAGUCAGUGAUCCUGCCUCUGAAUUGACUUCAACUGACGCACCAUGCCGUUCCCCGUCCAUUGUUUUUGAUGAGGACAAGCCCAUUGCAGCCAGUGGCCAAUACAACAUUGAGGUUACUGGAGAUCCAAGUCACACUCUGACCCGUUCGCUCAGCUUCCAGGGAGGAGAACUAGACGGCGCCGGUCUGUUGGAAGGAUCGACAGCAGGAGACUUCCGUCAACAUUCUGAAUCCUUCAGCGUGGGCACCGAGAGCGCCCCGGGGACGCUCCACAGGCCCAAGAAAGUCCGUUCUGGGUCUGUGAAGAAGAAGCCUCUUCUCAGACAGAACUCCAACCCAGAGAGUCCAAAACCAGCCUCAUCCAGCAGCACCCCGGAGAUAAAGAAGCGGGCAAAGCCUCGAACUUCCAGCCCUCUCCAGCCUCAGGAGGAAGCUGAGGGAGGAUCUGCGACCCCGAGCCCCGGAGGAACCCUCCGCAGGACCAGGAAGAGCCGCGUGGAGACUCCUCCUCCUGUGCCGGAGGAGACCAAUCAUACCAGCGAAGAGCAAAGCCUUGUCAUCCCUGCCUUACCCUUGUGCCAGGAGGAGACCCCUCUCCCUGGUAGUCCAACGGGCAGAGACGAAUCCCCAAUCCCCCCUAGUACCACUUACAAAUGGGAUCCAGAUAAUUUUGAGAACAUCGACCCUUUCAAUACUGGAGGUAGUAAAAUUGCCAAUUCCCCUGAUCUAGCUCGUAAAGGUCCCGUGUGUGCCCCCAUUGCCACCCGUCCAGAGAGUCCCCCUGUCUCUGCUGUGGAGCCGUGUCCCCCACCAGCUCCUCGUGAAGAGCCAAUCACCAACCCUGAAGAGCAACCCAUCCUCCCCAAGCGUCAGUCCGUAAGGCUGGAGUUUGACUACUCUGAGGAGGGCAGUGAGGCGCCACACCAGGCCUCUCCACCCCCACCCAAGAAAUUGGGCAAGAAGCCCGGUGCGAAGAUGCCUCUGAGGAAACCAAAGCUGGGGCUGAAGAAGGCCCCUCCAGCGCAGACGCAGCCGCUGGACAACGACCCUCCAGCAACCCACAAUGGCAACGAGGACGAAAUCCCGGCUCCUGCAGUCUCCUACAAGUUUGAACCUGACAAGUGGGAUGAUCCGAGCUUCAAUCCGUUUACUCCCAAGAAAGGCAUGGACAACUCCCCCAAACUAUCCAGGCCGUCUUAUUCCUUUGACGCCAAUAACUUUGAUGAGCCUGCAGACCCUUUCAAAUGCUCCAAUAAGAUGGCCAACUCCCCUCCUAAGGCCUCUGCCUCCUUUGAAGUGUCUUCCAAUGACUAUGACAAUGAAAAUGACAAUGACAACAUUGGGGAACUGGAGGACCAAAAUCAGAACAAACCUGCCAAGAAGAAGAAAACUCCUAUCAAAUCUAAUACUUUCAGGGUGAAGAGGUCGCCAAAGAAAUCCCCAUUGUCUGACCCCUCCCAGGAUCCCACGCCCGUGGAUGAAACUCCCUCCCUCCACCAGCAGGAUGACCACGCCACAGACGAGGAGAAGCUGGCCUCCUCCACCAGUCACAAGUGGGCGGCACUGCACGACAUGGAUGCGGAUUUGAACUCCGACCAGCAGGACUUCCCUCAGCCAAGCGACCUCACAUCCUUCGUUAACGAGAACAGUCUUCCUCAUGAGACCCCAGCGCAAGACUAUGAAAUUGAGUACAUGGAGAAGCUUGGCUCCGCUUCGCCUCCACUGUCUCUGAAGAAGCCGUCUUUGUACCUGAAGUUGGACUCAGUAUCUGACAACUUAACCAAGAAUACGCGUGCACAUGGAUCUGAGCCCAGCUCCCCCUGCACAGGGAGUUUUGAGGAGAUGGAGGCCCAGAUAACAGCGGGUAUGAAGACACCAACGCUGAGCUCCCGGCCCGGUCCCGAGGGCUCCGCUGGGGACAAGGGCAGGAAGAGAGAGAGCGAGUCACUCAGCCGAACACAGAGCACAGAGAGGGAUGAACAGCCCCCUAGCCAGGGCCCCGUGGAGGCCCCCGCUCCAGUCCUGGCCAUGCCCCUGUUAGACAGGCUGUCUGAGUGUGACGACCUCCUGCAGUACCUGGAGCCUGACCUGGCCGAGACCAACCCCACCGCAUUCGCCCAAAAACUACAGGAGGAGCUGGUGCUUGCUGCCCUGAGGAUAGAGGCUCUGCAGGUAGCCAAAAACAUCUCUCAGUGCCCCUCCCUCUCCACUGUAACCCCCCAGUCUCGACUCAAGAAACCCAGCACUCGGCGGUGGAAUAUCAACGGUUCACCCUUACUCAAACACAGAGACGUGUCAUCUCCGGUAGAGAGCGGCGUUUCCAAGAACUCGCUGUACACCAGGACCACCACCAACUACAUCGAAGGGGAGAGUCCUCACCUGCCCAGAGAGCUGGACCAUUCGCUGGGAAUUGCACGAGAAGAGAUCGUGACAAAGGAAAAAGAAGUGCUGGAGUGGCAGAGGAAGUAUGAAGACAGCCGGCACGAAGUGGGGGAGAUGAGGAGGAUUGUUGCUGAGUAUGAGAGGACGAUUGCACAGAUGAUAGAGGAUGACCAGAAGGAGAAGUCUCUCUCCCACCACACCAUCCAGCAGCUGAUCAUGGAGAAGGACCAGGCCUUGUCCGACCUCAACUCCGUGGAAAAGUCUCUGGCCGACCUCUUCCGACGCUACGAGAAGAUGAAAGACGUACUGGAGGGCUUCCGCAAGAAUGAGGAGGUUCUGAAGAAAUGCGCUCAGGAGUAUCUGUCCAGGGUCCGCAAGGAGGAACAGCGCUAUCAAGCCCUGAAGAUUCACGCAGAGGAGAAACUAGACAGGGCUAAUGCAGACAUAGCUCAGGUGCGGUCCAAGUCCAAGCAGGAGCAGGCCGCCCACCAGGCCAGUCUGAGGAAGGAGCAGAUGAAGGUGGACUCUCUGGAGCGCACUUUGGAGCAAAAGAACAAAGAGAUCGAGGAGUUGACAAAGAUCUGCGAUGAGCUAAUUUCCAAGAUGGGGAGGAGUUAGCGACCACAUCACACCGAGGCCAAAUCUCACAGAGAAGAGGAGUGGUUGCGUGUUUACCACUCUUCCAAGGACUGAUGGACAUUUAAGGCCAAAAAUGGUCUUGGGGUUAAAUUUCCUACUGACUUUGUGUAUACAGGAUCCACAGGAAUGGCUUCCUCCGCAUCCCUCUGUACAUUUUUGAUGUGUCAGUGUAUCGUACUGUAUCAGGGGUCUGGUUUCAAGUUUUAGAAAAUGUAUCAUAUCACUAAUGAGUGCGUCUGUGUGUGUGUGAGUGUGAUAAUGAGAAAGCGAGAGCGUUGUUUGUGGGUUAAAUUAUCUAUAAUGACGUUGCCAUGACAGCCACUGAGGGAGAAGACUGUUUACCCGUUCCUGUUGUUGUCUCCUCUCGAUACGAGAGAACAGACUUUGAAAAAGAGUAACAGAGAUUUAGAUUCAUUCGUUCAUAAAAUGCACCACUAAGAGAACACAAACUAUCACAAUAGCUUACUGCAUGUGGGAGGGAAAGGAGAUGUUUUAUGUUUGUAUAUACUGUAGGAAAUUAUUAUCAAGUAUGAAAAAUCUGCAUUUUUGAUUAUUCUGUCAUCCUCGGCCCGCUUCCCUCAUGUAACCUUGUAGAUAUUUGUCAUACUUGUCAUAGCUUUCUCGAUGAAAUCGUGCGACUAUUUUUUGGGAUUUUAUUUUGAUAUAAAGCAAACUAAUCGUGACCUUAUUCAGUUGUGACCAGGAGUAAUUUAAUUUUGGAUGGAUGUGUCCUAGUUCUGCUGUGGUCGUCGUGUCACACUGAGGAAUAACUUCUCUGCACAGCUGCUGUACAGCAUCUGCUUACAAAGUGCAAUAAAAGAUGGCAAUACAGCACACUGA